CCACUCUCUUUCCGUUCCGUCACUUAUUAUCCUACGCACCAUCUCUUCUUCCCUUUUUUUCACUUUACCUUGACCAAAGUAGCAGAGCAUUUGUAGUGGUCGCUAGCUAGUUGUUAGUCACUUCUCUUCCUUCUUCCUUCUUCUUCCCCUUCCCCACCAUUUUCUUCUCGAGAGGGACCUUUCAUUCCAUUCCUGCUGGGCUAGCCAACAAAGGCCAGCGAUUUUGAUUGCUACCAGAACCGGAAAAAAACAACCCCAAAGAAAGCAAAAGAGAGUUUUUCCCUUAGACCGUUAAUUCCACACACGUUCUUCUUCCACUCCCCGCUUUCUCUACAAACAAAACUGCCUCUGCAUUGCCGCCAAUCAAAGCUGCAAUCUUUUUUUCUGCUCUGCUUUUCAUUACCCCCUUUAAUGGCGAUGCUCCUCUUUCUUCUUUUUUGUUGAUGGGUAUCUCUCCUUCUGUUGCAGAUUUGCUUCCGGGAACUGGAAAAAAAAAGGAGCUUUCUGAAGUUUGAUUCUUCUCUGUUCCAAUGCGGGAAGCUUGAAGAAAUUUCCCGAUCAAUGUGGGUUCUGAUUAAAGGGAAGUUGCUGUUGAAAUAAUAAUCGGAAUGGACGUUUACGAAUCGCGGAAGAGCGUAGCUCUGGAUUCGGCCAAACGGCUCCCAUUAGCUCCAGCAGAAAGGAACCGCAACGCGCCACCGCCACCUCCUCCCGCCGCCGUCGCCACUCGCCGGCCGAGGAGAGAUGUAAACGCCAGGUACAAAUCACCGACCCCAUCGUCUCCUUCUGCCACCACCGCCGGCGCCGCACGCCGGUUCCCAUCCCCAAAUGUCCCCGCCGCCAGAGUAAUCCCUUCAUCGUCUCCCAAGAGAGCCCAAUCCGCCGAGCGCCGGCGGCCAUCUCCCAACCCAAUUUCGCCCCGAACGGCGUCCACACCGGUCAAGGAUUCCGCCGUCGUCGAAGCUCUGGUGAUGCCUAGUAUUACUCGGAGGCUGAGUACAGGUGGUGGUGGGGCUCGGUUGCCGGAGAGUUUGUGGCCUUCCACGAUGAGAAGCCUCAGUGUGUCAUUUCAGUCUGAUAGCAUUUCAAUUCCGGUCAGCAAGAAGGAGAAGGAGAAGGAGAAGGAGAAAGAGAAGCCAACUGAUCGAACAUUGAAGCCAUCGUCCAAUGUAGCUUCUCCGAAACAUGUCGAACCGAGGAAGCAGCAGCAGCAGCAGCCUACGCCGCCGGAGAGGAAAAUGAGUCCUCUGAGAGGUAGGAAUUCUACUUCUUCAUCACAACAUGAUCAUCAAUCUGAGAAUGCUAGACCAGUAGUAGCAGCAGCAGUAGAUCAUAGCUUCCGAGCGGCGAAGAUGAUUGAUCAGCAUAGAUGGCCAAGUAGGGUUAGUGGCAGAGCGAAUUCAAUGUCCAUGAACAAGAGUGUUGAUCUUAAUGAUAUCAAGUCAGUAAGAGCGUUAGCUACUCCUCAAGUUGUUUCAAUCGGGACCUCCACCCUCAAGAAGAUGCCUUCAUUAGGACUACCUGAUGAUGGUGGUGACAGGCCAUUGCAGAAAUCAGUUAGCGAUGCUGCGACUCGAAUGUACUCGCCCGAGGAUGAGAAAGAGAAGCCCGGGAUGAAGGCGUUCGAUGAGGUUCUGGAACGGUUGUCGAGAGCUGAGAAGUUGGUUUCAGCGAACUUGCCUGAUAGAAUGGCGUAUCUGCCAUCGGUGAGGACUCACUCGUCAUUGCCUAGCCCUAGAUCUUCGAGGCCAGCUUCACCAAGCAAGGGUCUGGGGAGUAGAGGUGGGAGUCCGUGUCGAACGAGACCAUCCACACCCCCUUCUUCGAGGGGAGUUAGUCCUUCUCGGGGGGCAGUGUCCAGUCCUUCAUCUUCAUCGUCAGCCUUUGGGUCAAAUUCAGUGUUAAGUUUCAUAACGGAUUACAAGAGGGGGAAGAGGAGUGCUAGCUACAUUGAAGAUGCACAUCAGUUGAGGCUGCUUCACAACCGGUUCUUGCAGUGGAGGUUUGCUAAUGCUCAACAAGAGGCUGCUCUUUAUGUUCAGAAAGUGAACACUGAGAGAAAUCUAUACGACGUAUGGAACACUACCAUAUCGCUGUGGGAUUCAGUAAUUAGUAAGAGAAUCGAUCUACAGCAGCAGAAGUUGGAGCUCAAGUUAAAUGCAAUUUUAAGCGAACAAAUGGCAUACCUAGAUGAUUGGGGAUUACUCGAGAGAGACCACGUCAGCUCUCUAACAGGAGCUGUCGACGAUUUGGAGGCGAGCACUCUUCGCCUUCCGGUGGCUGGAGGAGCAAAGGCGGAUAUAGAAUCCCUAAAGCUUGCUGUAUGCUCAGCCGUCGAUGUAAUGCAGGCAAUGGGAUCUUCCAUAUGUUACUUGCUCUCCAAGGCGGAAGCAAUGAAUCGAUUUGUAACAGAUCUUGCGAUCGUAGCAGCACGAGAGAAAUCAAUGCUUGCUGAAUGUGAAGCCCUAUUGGAAUCAACAGCAGCCAUGCAGAUAGAAGAGGGCAGCAUUAGAACGCAUUUGAUACAAAUGAGGCAGGCUCUGGAAAACCAAGCAAUGUUGACUACAAGAAACCAUCAAUGGUGGUCCUGAUCAAAUAUCAACCCAGGAACAAACUUCAAUUACUAACCGACACUUCCCUCCACCACCAGGCAGAGAUGACAUCGAUCGAUAGUAUACUCCGAUCGCAUCUCAGUAAAAAUGUAAAUUGUUAUUAGUUUUUAUCACUUUUGAGUUAAAAUCAGGAGGGAGUUCUUUGCUCCAGUAUGUUUCUUCUUCUAUUCUCCAUACAACAGUGAGCUGUUUGUUGGCUCCUGUCUUUCUUUCUUCAAGUGUAAGCUCCUUUUGUUCUUGUACCACGCACAUGGAAGAUAGAGAAAUGAAAAAAAGAAAUGGAAAUGAAUCAAGAGGAUUCAGAAUCUCAAUCUCAUUGUAGCGACAGAUGAAAUGUAGUAGCAACUCGAUAUCUAGAUACAUCACACAAGUGUAAAUGCGUCAUGGUAGUGCAACUGUAUCUCUGCCAUAAACCAUAUCCUUCGAGUUAACGACAAAUCAUGAGCUUAAGCAAUGGAAUUAGAGCACCUGAAGAUAUCAACGAACAUCUAUGAAAUGGGUGCAUGUUUUUCAGCUGAUUCUCGCUACAUUGAUAUUGCUCCUAGAUUGACAAAAUUAAUCUAAAUUUUUGGGGAGUAUCAUGAAAUGCAUUCAGGGGCAAUGCCAAAAGGAAAGUGUUG